GCCUGCCAUGGCAACCAAAAAUAUUUAUUUUAACAUCUUUCCCCACUCUUGAAUUGUCAAUAACAAAACCAACAUAAAAAAUAAUAACUUCCUUUGAAAAUAGAUUUGUCCAAAAAGAAAAAUGGUUAACUUUGUGUAUCCGGAAGAACUAUAUCUUUUUGUGGAGAGCAUUCGCCCAUUCGAAGUGAGUGAUGUGGGAAGCGCCAAGUGGCUAGAGGUGCACGAGAUGAUCAUCAAGUUGAGCCAGCAGGCGUCCUUGGAGCUGGCCCAACAUCGCGAGGAGGAGGUGAAGGAGUUCCUAAUCUCGCGGGACAAGCUUCGCUUGCUAAUCCACGAAGCCUAUUGCGUAACUCUGUGGAAGACACGAGUGCUGCCGCAUCUGCUGGAGAUCGAUCCCAAUCCGCAGGCAACAUUUCUCAUCUACACGGUGCUGUAUCACGAGGCUGCUUUGGUGUCCCUACUGGACGUUUGCCUUUACCAUCCCAGUGGCUGUGAGACGCUGCAGGAAUCGGUGCUCGAUUUGAUUGACUAUUGCGCCCAGGCGAUUUCCCAGGUUGUUGGACUCGUUAGCAUGGGUUAUCACGAGAACGAGUCGAAGCUGGAUGUGGAUGAGGCGGUGCUCACGGAGCUGGAGCGCCAGAAACGUGACUUUAUCUAUAAGAUUGGAUUGCGUUGCAUCUCUGUACUGAAUUACCUGGCUGAUAAUGUUAAUUUGUUCCAUUUGAGCGCUGCCAGGCGUUUGCUGGUGACCCAUGACAUUCCCUGGCUCAUGGUGGAUGUCUUGUGCUUCCGCCCCUGGCAAAGGAAGACCAGCAAGGGAAUACAGAAGUUCAUCGAGGAGAAGUGGACCAAUGUGGACGAUGUCGCCAAAAUUGUCAAGCCGGAGGCUCAGGCUUGGUUUUGUGUGCGCCAGCUUCUCCUAAAUACCCAGAUCAUGGAGAACUAUGUGUUUAAUGAAGCACGCUGCAAGCAGUUGAGCAAGCUUUUGGGACUGAUGCAUGAGACUCUUCUUGACCAACUGCCACCUCUGAUUGAACUGAAGAUGUUCCUCAGCCGUCUGACUCUCAGCGGAAAUACAGCAAAGUCGCAGACGCUGUUGCUGGAGGACAUUCCGCAGAUCCAGGAGGAGCUAAUGAAGGAGGUGGAGCGAUGCGGUGGUUUUUACCAAAUAGCCCAGGAACAGGACCCGGUGUUCCUCAGCAGGAACAAGGAAGACAUCUGCGCCUUGGCCAGUCGCCUAAGCAAAGCCUAUGGCACCGAUUUACUUUGUGAGCUGGAGCAGACUAUGGAGGAACUCAAGGUGGACGAACCGCAGAAGGAUGCCGGAGCUGGUGGCGAUGGAGAAGUUGGCCACAGCUGCGCCACUUGCCAGGGAAAGGCCAAAAAGAAGUGCGCCAGUUGCAAGCAAGUCCAUUACUGCUCUCGUGACUGCCAGCUGAAGGAUUGGCCACAACACAAGGCCGUCUGCCUUAAGGACUAAUUUAUACCCAAUUUAAUAAAUUCAAUACAAUCGCUUAAUAAGAAAAGAACAUUCCAAAAAUGUAAAAA